CCGUCACGGGGCAGCGAAAAACACAGUUUAUAGUCAUUUUUUAAUCUGUGUGAAUCGCGUUGGAAAUCGUUCUGAAAAAUUGCAAAUUCUUAAUAAUUGUAUAAUUAACACAACAAUGGCACCGAAAGCACGAACAGUUGGUAUUAAACCGAAAGCACAGACCUUCAAAGACAAGUCGAAACCGACCGAUGUGCGUCUGUCCAAUAUACAGGCGGCCAAAGCUGUUUCCGAUGCUAUUCGCACCAGUUUGGGUCCUCGCGGCAUGGACAAGAUGAUCCAAGCAGCCAAUGGUGAAGUAUCGAUAACAAAUGAUGGCGCUACCAUUUUGAAGCAAAUGAAUGUUUUGCAUCCGGCUGCCAAAAUGCUUGUCGAGCUGUCCCGUGCUCAGGAUGUGGAGGCUGGCGAUGGCACCACUUCCGUUGUGGUCAUUGCUGGCGCCUUGCUCGAGGCAUGCGAGAAAUUGUUGCAAAAGGGUUUGCAUCCGACUGCGAUAUCGGAUUCAUUUCAACGUUGCUCGAACAAAGCCGUCGAAAUUCUCACCCAGAUGUCAACGCCCGUUGAGAUCACCGAUCGUGAGACUCUGAUUAAGAGCGCCUCCACAUCCCUCAACUCCAAGGUGGUCUCGCAGCAGAGCAGCCUCCUUGCUCCCAUUGCUGUCGAUGCGGUGCUUAAAGUCACCGAACCAGGCAGGGAAUCAUCGGUGGAUCUGAAGAACAUUAAAGUUAUUCAGAGUUUGGGCGGCACUGUUGAGGAUACUGAGCUGAUUAAUGGUCUCGUCUUCACCAGUCGCUCGUCGGGCACAAAUGCCCCCAAGCGCAUAGAGAAGGCCAAAAUUGGUCUGAUUCAGUUUUGUAUCUCGGCACCGAAAACCGAUAUGGAUCACAAUGUGAUUGUCAGCGAUUAUGCGGCCAUGGAUCGUGUCCUCAAGGAGGAGCGCUCCUACAUCCUCAACAUUGUGAAACAGAUAAAGAAGGCCGGCUGCAAUGUUCUCCUCGUCCAGAAGUCCAUUUUGCGUGAUGCCGUUUCGGAUCUGGCUCAGCAUUUCCUGGACAAGAUCAAGUGCUUGGUGGUAAAGGAUGUGGAACGCGAGGAUAUUGAGUUUGUGUGCAAGACCCUGCAUUGUCGUCCGAUUGCAUCGCUGGAUCAUUUCACCGCCGAGAAUUUGUCCAGUGCUGACCUGGUCGAAGAGGUGGCCAGUGGCACCAAUAAGUUCGUCAAGAUCACCGGCAUACAGAAUCAGGGACGCACCGUCUCCAUCAUUUGCCGGGGAUCCAACAAGUUGGUGCUGGAGGAGGCGGCUCGUUCGCUGCACGAUGCGCUGUGCGUGGUGCGUUGCCUGGUGAAGAAACGCGCUCAGAUUGUGGGCGGUGGUGCACCCGAAAUUGAGAUGGCUUUGCAGCUGGCAGCGGCUGCUCAAACUGUCGACGGUGUCGAUGCGUAUUGUUAUCGUGCCUAUGCCGAUGCACUGGAGGUCAUUCCCUCAACUCUGGCCGAGAAUGCGGGCCUCAAUCCGAUUGCAACGGUGACCGAGUUGCGUAAUCGUCAUGCUCAGGGUGAGAGGAAUGCCGGGAUUAAUGUGCGCAAGGGCGCCAUUACCGACAUCUUUGCUGAGAAUGUGGUGCAACCAUUGCUGGUCAGCAUCUCGGCCAUCACUCUGGCUACGGAGACAAUUCGCUCCAUCUUGAAGAUCGAUGAUAUUGUCAAUACCUUCAGCUAAGCAGUUUGUUAGCUCGACAAUAUCUCAACAUACUUUGUAUUCGUGCCUGCAGCGCUUCAAUAUCUUUACUUAUUUUUGCAUUUUCAUCUAAAACAAAAAUCACAAAAAUACACAAACAAAAAAACACACUUAACACACAUUAAUUAAUCGCACACAUAUUGCGGCUGCGCACGUCCGCAACAAAAUUGAAUAAAAUUCACUUAAUAUAUGCCACUACAAGUUAAUGCAAAUUAUCUAUUUACCCUUUAAUAAAACCAAACUAAACUAAAUUAAA